AUGGAAAGCUAUAGAAAGGAUUGUGUGGUAGAAGUGGACGACAAUUGUCUGCCAUUUGGUCCUAAAUGUGGUGCGGAUGUGUUGCAAAUGAGGGUCCAUUUGGGCACAAAUGUCAAUAAUAUCGUCAACUAUUCGGUCAAACAUUUCGUGGACAACGAGACGAACCGGCAGAUUGUCAUGACAGCCACCGACAGGUCCUGUAAUAAAGCCAUCACUUGUGCUGAACUUCUUAAGCGAAAGGUUGACCACAAGAUGAGGACACCGUUGUAUCAGAUGACCAAAAUUGGUUACAAGACUGUGGAGGAAGUGUGGAAACCCAUUGAAGACAAGGGUCUCGAUGUGCUGAAAGUUGUCCGCAAAAUACCACGAAUUGAUAUACUCUUGAGUAAAGACCCGUUGGAUGUGACAGCACCGGGAGUUCAAUACAAAGACAUUAAUGUUUGCAACGAAUCGGUCGAUAAAAAUGCAAAAUUCUAUAGAAAUACAAACAAAACGAAACAAAAUAGACAUAAAUUAAAGCCAAAGAAUGUGCGAAAGUCUGCCAAUGAAUCCAUGGAUACAAAUGAGACACAAAACUAA